GGAAUUAGACCCGUGGCUAGUUCUCACUGUGGUCAGAGAGAAACCGGAAGCGGACCAACACUAAUCCCGGGCCGGGACGAACAUCAUACAGGAGUGUAAACAUGGUGGAUAACCGCUAUGCCACGGCGUUAGUGAUCGGCUCCGUGCUGAGCCUGUUGGCCAGUGUGUACCUCUCAGUGGCGAUCGGUACUAAGCACUGGUACCAGUACCGCAGUCCACCAGUCAGCAACGACGCCAACAAUGGCUCAGACCUACGGAAACUGAUGGAAGAUUUCAAGAAUGAGGAUGGAGACGAAGGGAAAUACAGUCAGGCUCUGUUCCGCCUCAACGGCUCUCUGGGGCUGUGGUGGCGCUGCAUCUUCACACCUCAGCAAGACUCGACGAUGGUGUCCGUGUGUCAGGCCUUCGCUUUACCUCAGCAGUUUGAAAUCAAGUACAAACACCUGAAUAGCAGCAGCGGAGAAGAGGACUUCCUGCGCACGUCUCUGUGGCGAUGUCGCUUCAUCUUUCCGCUGCUGUCUCUCGGCCUGGUGUUUCUGGCGGCGCUGGUCGGAGUGUGUGCGUGUCUCUGUCGCAGCCUCACCCCCACCCUGCUGGUCGGGUUCUUGCACCUACUGGCAGGUCUGUGCUCUCUGGCGACAGUGUGCUGCUUCCUGGCAGGAAUGGACCUGCUGCACCAAGCGCUGGAGUGGCCCGAGGGCGUCGACUGGUCUCUUGGCUGGUCCCUGUACCUGGCCCUGAUCUCUUCCCCGCUGCAGAUGAUGGCUGCCGCUCUGUUCCUGUGGGCCGCCAGGAGCCACCACAAGAACUACACUCGCAUGACUGCGUACAGGGUUGCAUAAUUCACACCGCAUCACCCCCCAACUGGAGAACCGGAACACGUGAUCAGCGUACAUCUGAGAAUCAGACACAUCACAUCCACUGUUCAUCUGAGGCCUCACCUGAGUGACUAAUUACUGAGCCUCUAUAGUGUGUUGUAAUCUCCUCAUUACUGUCUUAUUCACCACUAAACCCUGGCAUACAGCGGAGUCCAAACGUCUGAGUGAGCAGUGAAUGUUUCCUCAGCACCACGACACCAUCCUGCAGAAUAUCCAUCAAAAAUAACUUGCUGAUCAUCAUCUGUUCAUCAAUAUCAAACAGAAUAGUCAAACAUAUUCCUGUAAACAUCUACAAAAGUGUGUCAAAUGUGUUUUUAAAUCCGUAGAUUUAUAUAAUUUUUAAGAUAAACCUGGGAUUUGUGAUCUUGUUUCAUUUUCAAGUCUCAGUGGACCUUUUUCUGGCCCUGAAAAAAAGCUCUGCCCCCUUGGCGUCACUCACAGAACUGAUCGGAAGUAAUGUUUCGUCUGUAGAGUUCCUCAUUGACUCUUUCCUACGAAGUGCACAUGAAAGUAAAAUUAGUGGCUUUUAAUUUUUUUAGCAUAAAUAAAGUUAUGUUAAAGAUUUUUGUUGGAAAAUAUAUCGACUUAAAAAAUGUAAAAACACUUCAAGUGAAGGAAUAAUGCUCAAUCAUGAUUGUGGGUGUGGCACAUAAGGACCAAUCUGAUUGGCUGCCACUAAAUGAUAUGAGCAUCUUAUUUGUAUUCAUUUUUUUUUGCUCUGUAUUGCUGUAAUUUUUCUCAUCCUUCAUAUGUCUUAAAAAUAAAUGUUUUGAGUAUUAUAAUGUUCUUCCUCGUAUAUUGCCACAAUGAUAAAGUUUUGACACUCUGUGGUUUCCAGUAAUUACAAUACAAUUAAAUAUUUAUUUGCAUAUUAUAUAUUAUCCCAUUUGAGCUACAGCUGAAGUCUUUUCAUGUCCUGAUUUUAUUUUUAAUUAUCAGAUUUUUAGCUGAAGUUAAGUUUCAGACUUAAAGUGAGUUUGAAAUGGUUUGCUGUUUGGGGGGGGGAGUCCAGUAGCCAUAUUGGGAUAAAUAUUGAGGUGAAUUGUUAAUUUCCCGUGUUCAUGUGUGAAGCUGUCAAAAACAUAAUCCGAUGAGUUUUGUCCACUUUAUUACAGUAAAUUCAGUGUAAUUUCUGUGUAAAUGUCUGUAUACAUAUCAUUUUCAAUUGCAGUUAUUUAAACGGUGCUUUAACCACUGAAGCCUUUUACUAAUUUUAUUUUUCUUUCUUAUGGUCUGGAUUAUGGUCUUCAUGACGCUUAUAACCUGUUUUUUAUUUUUUUAAUCCUCAUAUUGGAAUUUUUUUAUACUUCACAAUCACUUUAAUUCUGUAUUACGGCUGUUGUGUGUGUAUUUAUGUAUUUAUAGAUGCGUUGAAGUUUUUUAGCGAGUUGGAGUUUUCAUGUGCCUCAUGAUUUCUCUGAAACCGGAUGCAGUACCUGAAUGCGGAGUUGAAACAGAUACCUCACAGUCAGGAGGAGACACCAGAACAGUCUACUGUGACAUGUCAGUGCUGUCCAGAUUACCGUCUGUGUCUUUUAGGUUUUUCUAUGUGUUUUUAUAUUCCUACAUUUCAAAGGAGUGAUCACAAUAAAUGUCUUUCCAACUGGAA